AUGGACGCCUUCAAGGGGGGCAUGAGCCUGGAGCGGCUGCCGGAGGGACUCCGGCCGCCGCCGCCGCCGCACGACAUGGGGCCUGCCUUCCACCUGGCCCGCGCCGCCGACCCCCGCGAGCCGCUCGAGAACUCUGCCAGCGAGUCGUCCGACACGGAGCUGCCAGAGAAGGAGCGCAGCGGGGAAGUCAAGGGGCCGGAGGACAGCAGCGCAGGAGGCGCUGGCUGCGGCGGUACGGAAGACCCGGCCAAGAAAAAGAAGCAGCGGCGGCAGCGCACGCACUUCACAAGCCAGCAGUUGCAGGAGCUGGAGGCCACGUUCCAGAGGAACCGCUACCCCGACAUGAGCAUGCGGGAGGAGAUCGCGGUGUGGACCAACCUCACCGAGCCUCGAGUGAGGGUCUGGUUCAAGAACCGGCGAGCCAAGUGGCGGAAGCGCGAGCGUAACCAGCAGCUGGACCUGUGUAAGGGCGGCUACGUGCCGCAGUUCAGCGGCCUGGUGCAGCCCUACGAGGACGUGUACGCCGCCGGCUACUCCUACAACAACUGGGCCGCCAAGAGCCUGGCGCCGGCGCCGCUCUCCACCAAGAGCUUCACCUUCUUCAACUCCAUGAGCCCGCUGUCGUCGCAGUCCAUGUUCUCGGCGCCCAGCUCCAUCUCCUCCAUGACCAUGCCGUCGAGCAUGGGCCCGGGCGCCGUGCCCGGCAUGCCCAACUCGGGCCUCAACAACAUCAACAACCUCACCGGCUCCUCGCUUAACUCGGCCAUGUCACCGGGCGCCUGCCCGUACGGCACGCCCGCCUCGCCCUACAGCGUCUACCGGGACACGUGCAACUCGAGCCUGGCCAGCCUGCGGCUCAAGUCCAAGCAGCACUCGUCGUUCGGCUACGGCGGGCUGCAGGGCCCGGCGUCGGGCCUCAAUGCGUGCCAGUACAACAGCUGA